AUAGGAGAAAAAGAUAUAGCCGCUGUAUAGUUUCUCGGAAGGUAGUGGUGCAGGAGGGAGUGUUAGUUAGUAACAACCAAAGAGAAAAGAACAAGUUUCAUAUUUUCCCUGGUGUAGUGUGACAAGCCGACGCAAAGAUGUCUGUCGCUGGCUUGAAGAAACAGUUUUAUAAAGCGAGUCAGAUGGUGAGUGAGAAAGUAGGCGGAGCAGAAGGCACGAAGCUGGAUGAAGACUUCAGGGACCUGGAGAGGAAGGCUGAUAUCACCGGUAAGGCCAUAAUGGAAGUGUUGUCCAGGACGUCUGAGUAUCUGCAGCCCAACCCAGCACAUCGGGCCAAACUGUCCAUGCUGAACUCUGUGUCGAAGAUCCGGGGACAGGUGAAGAGUACCGGGUAUCCACAGGCAGAGGGAGUUUUGGGGGAAUGCAUGGUCCGAUACGGCCGUGAUAUGGGGGAGGACACUAACUUCGGUGGUGCCCUUGUUGAAAUGGGGGAGUCUAUGAGGAGGCUGUCUGAAGUAAAGGAUUCCCUGGAUAUUGACGUGAAGCAGAACUUCAUUGACCCUUUCCAGACCUUCGUAGACAAGGAUCUCCGGGACCUCCAGCACCAGCUGAAGAAGUUGGAGGGCCGGAGGCUGGAUUACGACUACAAGAAGAAACGGCAAGGAAAGAUUCCAGACGAGGAGCUGCGCACUUCUCUGGAAAAGUUCCACGAGUCCAAAGAGGCUGCAGAGAUAAGCAUGCACAAUCUCUUAGAAACUGACGUGGAACAGGUGAGCCAACUCUCCGCGCUGGUGGAGUCUCAGCUGCAGUAUCACAGGCAGGCGGUGCAGGUGCUGGAAGAACUGUCCGAGAGAAUGAGGGAGAGAGUUGACCAUGCCCAAGCUCAGCCGCGUCAGAAGCGAAUGCCCAAGUCAAUGCCCAGCUUUGACUUAGACCCAGAUUCUAAUGGGGGCUUCAGUCCAACACCUGCUUCCCCGAGCUUUAACGCAGCACCUGCUCUACCCACCCGAACCUCUGUACGCCAGAAACGGCAAUCAAUGGAACAGCCUUGCUGUAAGGCCCUGUAUGACUUCGAGGCCGAGAACGAGGGAGAGCUGGGUUUCCGUGAAGGUGAUGUCAUCACCCUGACCAACCAGAUCGAUGAGAACUGGUACGAGGGCACGCUGCGUGGCCAGACCGGCUAUUUCCCCUGCAACUAUGUGGAGGUGGUGAUACCACUACUUCACUGAAGCCCACUGACUGGAGAAAUGAGGGAUGGAGGGGAAGAGAGAUUGCAGUGGUGAUGAGAUGGAGGUUUAAAAAAAAAAAACAGCAAAGGCUGGAGACUUGGAAUAGUGUUUGAAUAUGAACUACAUCAUGAGACACAAAAUACUGUUCUUUCCUGUGCAGUUUUCUCCAGUAUGUCUCUUCAGUCAGAUUGCCAUGGGAGGUGGGUCUCAAACACUAUCAUAUCCCGAAUUCUUACCCGGCCCUCUUGAUGGACUGACUGAGCCAAGAGAUUAUAUUCUGUAUUUUCCCUAUAUCUAAAAAAAAAAAAAGGGGGGGGGGGGUUCUUCACAAAUGUUUUUUUUUUUUUUUUUUUAAAUCAUGCCGUACAACUGUUGAUUCAGUCCCUCUUCCGUCUUACUUUGACAAUUAUGUAAACAGGCUUGUCUUUGCAUUUUUAAUCAACUGGACCUCAUUUUGUUUGUGCGUGUUGACUCUCUUCCCCCUAGUGGCCAUGCCAUGAUACAGCACCACAAACCAGUCGGAGUAUCUACAUCAGCUUUUCAUCAGUGUUCUGCUUCUGAUUUCAUCCACUUUUUUUGUACCAAAUGGUUUGAUCUUUGAUAGGAGUUACUUAUGUCCAGAUCUUUUUGCCAACGAAUCUGAAAGUCGGACCAUAAUCCGCCUAUAACUCGUGUUUAUUUGAUAAGUGUUGCUCAGACGUCCCUGUAGUUUUAUAGUCCAGUUCUGCAACACUGAUGAAUGAUGCUCAACCAUUUCUCUAGCUGGUUAGGAGAAAUGAUAAGGAAAGAUUCUUUAGACUUGAUCCAUAAAUUAGGACUCAACCUCUUGAUGUUUACAGCACUUGUUUGGAAGAAGUACUGGGAGUGUUAAUGUGACAGUCGCAAUUUGACCAAAAAUUAGGGCUUUUUUUUUCCCCCUCUCGCCCUUGUGUGCUACGUAACCUCUCUUUCAGUCGCUUCUCUUCUCUCGGGCGGUCUUUGUUGAUCGAGGUCAAGAAACUCCUGUAUUGCUCUGUACCUUAGGAAAAAUGAUCUGAUACAGAGGUGGACAUGUCAUAAAUACAUUUACUUGGCUAGUGGGCUGACUAAAGCGCUAAUGUGCCGCCCAGUCUCAUGUUUUGGUCUCCCAGAAACUGAAAUGCUGGAUAAAAUUGGUAGCUAUAGAAUAAGUGCAUUUAAUACAUCCUAGUCAAGCAAACAUGUAUAUGAUGGUUAUCCUCUUCUAGAACAUCGUAUUUCUGCCUUCAGCACACACAAAAAAAAAUCUACAAGUCGCUGCCCGAAGUUUUAGUUCUGAGAUGAGCUUCUGCCUGUGCAUCAUAAGAGUAUUUUGGUAUCUACAUUCCAAAUGAAGAAAAAUUUUGAGAAAGCCAAGAAGGGAGUAAGAUUUUCUUUUUUUUUUUUUGUUCGUAAACCAGUCAGUCAGACUCCUGAGGAUUGCAACAGAAAACUGUUCACUAUUAUCUAGUGUGUUCAAAUCCCUGUAUUGAAUGCUAUACUCCUCAAGCGUCAAUCACCGUGACGCUAGCCAAUCGUGGGUCUCUGUGAGCUCAUGGAUGUGGAAGAAGGCAGAUAGCGCUUCUCUGAUGAGCAUAUUACGCUGUCCUGCGACAGAGCAUGAACAGCAGUUUGAAUAGAUGAGGUUGGUUGGUGUCUCUGACCAAAUUGGAACGAAAAUGAUUGUUUCAAAUGAAAACGUUUGUUUUGCAGACUUCGGUAAAUGAGUAGAGGGUUAGGGUGUUUUUUGUCCUGCUUUUUACGUUUUCCGACUUGUCCGUUGAGCAACUAUAAAUAGCUUUUGCUUCCAGGUGACUGUUUUGUCCGCCUCUGUAAUAUGAAACUUGUAUGUAACAUUUUCCAUAAAGGGAAACCAAGCUAUUGGAACAUCCUCUUUGAUUUUGAUCUACAUUGUGUACGCGAGUACUGUGCUUUAUGGUGUAAUGCGAUCCUCUCCGGUUCUUCCUGUCUGGAUGAAGCCUAGCUGCUUUCUGUAUGAGUUUUAAGCUUUAACUGAAGACACAACUUUGAUCCUAUUAUCUAUUUUUAAUGGUUUGUGUAUGUUUUUUAUAUAGUGUGCGUGUCUGAUUGCACAGCAAUGUGUCAAAGGGUGCACAGAGUUUUUUUUCACGGUUUUUCACCUCCGUUUUCUUUUUUUUAAACUUGUAAACUGUUUAACACGAAGCCUGGAAUUAAAAGCCAAAGCAAGAAGCUGGAUUUAUAUCAAGAGUUUUCAUUCAUCUUCCAUGUCUGGGUUUAACAAGUAUCAUCUCUACUUGGACUUUUCAGACUGCGUUUUAUAAGUGACACUACAGAACUCACCUCAUAUCAGGAUCAAACUUCUGUAGGAAGCCCUUUUAUUUAUUUUUUCCCCUGAUUUUUCUCAUUAGCUGCUAUCUUAUUUUGCUUAAUUAAAACUGGUCUACCGUAUUUCUAUAAUGGAAACAUUCCAGUGCCCUUUCUCUUCAGAGUUCACUCUACCACAUGCACAUUUUUAAUGGGGGUUUAAUCAGCACAGUGAAAUGAGGGUGUCUGUCUUUUUGUAAUGAAUUACAUUGUCAUAGCAUGUGCAGUUUUUUUUCUGUCUUUUUGCUUUAAUGCUUCUGAGGACAAUCUGGGGAGGAACAGAUGGUCUCACACUCCGUAUGGUAUUUAUAAUGAGGUAUUAAACUGCAAAUCCAAAUGUCACCAGAUGAUUUUUUUCUAUUAUUUUUCAUAUGUGAAAUAUUAACUACCAAAAACCGAAAGCAUUUAUUUUAAUACGUUGCAAAGACCAGCAACUAGGCCUAAUGGAGAACAUUUUACAUAGUAGGUGAUAUGAAUUUCAUGCUGACUAUCGUAUAGCUUUAGCGUCUUGUCUUGUAAGGGCUCCAUUUUGAAAUAAGGUUUAUAUUUGUGAUGGGUUUUAAAGCCUAAAAUGUUUGUGUCUGUCUCUCUUCCGUUAUUGUUUGAAAUGUUUCCCUGAUGUUCCAGUGAAAUAUGACCUAAAAAGAUAUAUUUUCAUCUUAAAUAAACGGAAAAAUGAAA